CCCGCUGGGUUUGGAUUCUGGAAGCAGCUCUGUGAUACCAAUAUUUUCCGACACGCGCUCCUCGGAGCUCCUGCGACCGUCGCACUAGCCCGAAGAGGCAGGACUUCCCGUCUUCCUACAGGACUUCCGCCCUGGACCGGAAGUGCUUUAGCUAGACUGCGUGCGUGGGUGGGGCACUCAGACCACCCAAACUGGCUGCAGGCAGGUUGCCCGGCCGGCGCGGUGAGGAGGCCGGCGGGGUGAGGAGAGUGAGCACCGGGACAGGGAGCCUUGGGUCUCACUGUGCAGUUCAGGUUCCUCUUAAGCUUGUUUUGUAGCCCAAGCUGGUCUCGAAUUUGCAGCUAUCCUCGAGCCUCAGCCUCCUGAAUGCUGGAAUUACAGGGCUCAACUUUUCACUUAGUUACCUUGCCCAGUUGGACUUUAAGCUGCUUGUAAGAGCAUGACAGAAAUGUUCAAGUAUUUUAGUGGCUGAACUGGGUUCAACUUAGACUCCUAGAUCUCAGGGUGUGCUGUGUAGUUCAGGAUGGCCUUGGACUCACUGUGUAUCCCAAGCUGGCCUCAAGCACAGCAUUCCUCCUGCCUCAGCCUCCCAAAUACUGGGACUACAGAUCUCUGAAUUUGGGUUCUGGCUGUCUUACAAUGAGUGACACUUUGCCAUUAGAUGUCAUUGGUCGAAGAGUUGAAGUUAAUGGAGAAUUUGCAACUGUGCUUUUUUCUGGCAUUGUCCCUCCUGUGGCAGGACUCUGGUUAGGAGUAGAGUGGGACAAUCCCGAGAGAGGAAAGCAUGACGGGAGCCACGAAGGGACUGUGUAUUUUAAAUGCAGGCACCCAACUGGAGGAUCCUUUAUUCGUCCCAACAAGGUAAAUUUUGGAAUGGACUUUCUUACUGCAAUUAAGAACCGCUAUAUGGUAGAAGAUGGACUGUCAGAGGAUGAUGAACAAGAGUACACUGUUACAAUUGGAAAUAAACCCGUGGAAACUGUUGGUUUUGACUCUAUUAUAAAACAGCAGAGUCAGCUGAGCAAGUUGAAAGAAGUUUCUCUGAGGAACUGUGCAGUGAGUUGUGCUGGUAAAGAAGGAGGAAUUGCCAAAGCCUGUCAGAAUAUUACAGUAAUAGAUUUGGCAAAAAACCUGUUGUCAUCUUGGGAUGAAGUGAUCUGUAUCGCCCAGCAGCUCAAGCACCUAGAAGUUCUUGAUCUGAGUGAGAAUAAACUGAAGUUUCCUUCUGCUUCAUCAUCUCUACCUGGAGCAUUUUCUACACUGAAGGUUUUAGUCCUCAAUCGAACAGGAAUAACAUGGGCAGAGGUCCUCCACUGUGCCCCUGGAUGGCCGGUCCUUGAGGAGCUGUACCUCAGUGCAAACAACAUUUGUGUUUUGGAAAGACCAACUGAUGUUCUACACACUGUCAAGUUAUUAGACCUUUCCUCUAACCCAUUAGUUGAUGAAAACCAGCUGUUCCUGAUUGCGUAUCUGCCUAGAUUAGAACUACUAAACCUUUCUAACACUGGAAUUUCUUCAAUCCAUUUUGCGGAUGCUGGAAUUGGGUGCAAGACAUCCAUGUUCCCGUCCUUGCAGUACCUUUUAGUGAAUGACAACCAGAUAUCACACUGGUCAUUUAUCAAUGAGCUGGAUAAACUACAGAGCCUGCAUGCAUUGUCCUGCCUAAGAAAUCCUCUAACUGAAGGAAGCAAAGAGGCUCAGACCAUUCGGCAGUUCAUCAUCGCCAAAAUUGGUCAGCUGAAGACCUUGGACAAGUGUGUGAUUCUUCCUGAGGAGAGGCGUGGAGCUGAGCUUGAUUACCAGAAAGCUUUUGGAAAUGAAUGGAAAAAAGCUGGUGGACAUCAAGAUCCAGACAAAAACAGACCAAAUGAAGACUUUGUUGCAGCCCAUCCCAGAUACCAACUCCUCUGCCACAAAUACGGAGCACCUGAAGAUGGAGAAUUCAAAAUACAACAACCAUGUACGCUCAAAAAUCAGCUGCUAACAUUAAGGAUAAAAUGUCCAAAUCAACUUGAACAGAAAGUCCUAGAGAAACAACUGCCAGACUCCAUGACAGUUCAAAAGGUGAAGGGAAUGAUGUCGCGAGUCCUCAAAGUUCCUGUGUCAGACAUUGUACUGUCCUAUGAAAGUCCCAAAAUGCCUGGCACAGAAAUUGAACUAGAAAAUGAUCUACAGCCAUUACAGUUUUAUUCUGUGGAGAAUGGAGAUUGUCUAUUAGUGAGAUGGUAACAACCAACUAAUAAAAUUUAGAGACUAGAUUACUUAUUAUGACUGGGGUUUACCAGAAAAUGAUUUAUUGGAACAGUUCUGUCAAAAAAUGAGGUCUUAAAAUUUGCCCUAAUUACAAUAAAAGAUGCAAUUUGUCGGGAAGAGACCAUUUCUAGACUUGUAUAUAACAAUAAUAAAGGCUUUAUUAAUGA